AUGCGCCGCCGCCUCUGGCUGGGCCUGGCCUGGCUGCUGCUGGCGCGGGCACCGGGUGCCCCGGGCGGGUACCCGCAUCUGGAGGGCGACGUGCGCUGGCGCCGUCUCUUCUCCUCCACCCACUUCUUCCUGCGAGUGGACCCCGGUGGCCGGGUGCAGGGGACGCGCUGGCGGCACGGCCAGGACAGUAUUGUUGAGAUCCGCUCUGUCCGUGUGGGCACUGUGGUUAUCAAGGCCGUGUAUUCAGGCUUCUACGUGGCCAUGAAUCGCAGGGGCCGCCUCUACGGGUCGCGGGUCUACUCUGUGGACUGCAGGUUCCGGGAGCGCAUCGAGGAGAACGGCUAUAACACAUACGCCUCGCGACGAUGGCGGCACCGCGGCAGACCUAUGUUCCUGGCGCUGGAUGGCCAGGGCGUUCCUCGGCAAGGCGGGCGGACACGGCGGCACCAACUGUCCACACACUUCCUGCCAGUGCUGGUCUCGUCGUGAAGGGCUUGCUGAUGGCUGAGGAGGCACAGGCA